AUGGAAUGCCUAGACUGUAGUUCGAGGCCUUUCUACGUGUAUUCUGCUCUAGAAUCGUAUAGAGGUAGUGCGGCUUGCAGAAUAGCUGCUGCAUCCAGAGGCGCAGAGGCGUCAGAUUCCCCACCAAUCCAACCCCCCGCUCAACGUCGGCGCGUGUGGAGUCCUUCCAGCAGUGAAAACGUAUUCAUACCACCUACGUUUGAUGAGCCAGCCGAUGAGGACGGUGUGGAAGCGGCAGCCGCUCGUGCCGCCGAUGAUCCGGAGGCAUUCAUGGCACGCAUGAGUGACUCGAAUGGGAUAGCGGAACACACUUCCUCUCUCCCUGCUAUCCAUUCUGCGAUUCCUGGCUCUCCCUUCCUCUCCCUCACCAUCCUGAUGCAUUUCCAGCACAUCCUCUCUCUCCCGGCUAUGCCCGCCUCUCCCAACCUCUCUCUCACCCACUCUUUCUCUCUCCCUGCUAGUCAUCCUGCCAAGCCCGCCUCUCCCAACCUCUCCCUGCUCCCCAUUCUGCUAUACCACAACCUCCCUGCCAUCCCUUCUCUCUCCUGCGCUUCCCUCUUGCGCCUUGCCCCACAUUCUGGUUUUCCAGUCCCUCUCUACCUCUCCCUGCCAUUCCUUCUCUCUCCUGCGCUUCCCUCUCGCGCCUUGCCCCGCAUUCUGGUUUUCCAGUCCCUCUCUACCUCUCCCUGCCAUUCCUUCUCUCUCCUGCGCUUCCCUCUCGCGCCUUGCCCCGCAUUAUGGUUUUCCAGUCCCUCCCUUCCUCUCCCUGCCACACUCUCUGAGUUUCCAGCCCCUGGUAGACCCUCUGUUGCUCCACCGUAUCACCCCUGCACUUCCCUCUCUCUCCCUGCCACACUUCCGUGA